UUUUCCGUAACUCACAGCAAACAUGCCUCCAAGUUUCACUUCUACCCUCCAGCUGAAUCAGAGCUCAGCUGGCGUCACAGCCAUUCUAGCACCAUGUUCUCAUGGGGAGAGGACUGUCAGCGGGGCUUCUGGCUCAAAGACGGCUCCAACAGCAGUCCGGCAGAGGAUGGAGUCCAUUACCUCAACCUGAAUUGUCAAGUCAGGGAUUUGUCUACAGGUUACAAUGUGCUCGCUUUCGUCAAAACUAAUGGAAACUCGUUCAUCAUUCGCACGCAUGAGAGCGCAGGUGGUAGAAGAGUCCGAGGAAAACAGAAGUUUGUUAAAUAUAAAGAGAAGAUCGAGGCUGUGAGCUGCACCGAUGACACGGUUACACUGCUGACUGAGAGAGGAUCCGUCCUCUGUGCGCACACAAGUCCCACUCCAAGGCCCCUGGAGGUUUUCUGUAAAAUCCCAGUCUCUCAGGUUGCUUGUGGAAGCCAGCAUUCAGUUGCCUUGACCAAAAAUGGCCAGGUGUACACAUGGGGCCUGGACUCCAGGGGCCAGCUGGGUCUGGGAAACAGGAGGUGCAGCACCAGUUCACCACGACACCUCCAGUUUCUGUCAGCGAUCCCCCUGGUUCAGAUCGCUGCAGGAGGAGAACAGAGCUUUGCCCUCUCUGUGUCUGGAGGUGUGUUUGGCUGGGGCAGAAACGACUGUGGACAACUGGGGCUGGGAGAUGAAACAGACAGACACAUACCAACACCUGUUCAUUUCCUGAGCAUGAAGAAAACUAUUCAUGUUUCCUGUGGAAAGGACCACUCUGCCAUUUUGACAAAGGAUGGAGUAGUGUUUACUUUUGGCUCUGGUCAAUAUGGACAGCUUGGACACAACUCAAUGAGAAAAGAACUCCGUCCUCGUCUUGUUGCAGAGCUCUGGGGGGCAAAGGUCACCAAGAUUGCAUGUGGACGAAAUCACACAUUAGUGUUGACAGACACCAGGAAGGUCUACUCUUUUGGAUGCGGUGAACAAGGGCAGCUGGGACAUGGAGACGAGAGCCAUCCUUCUGUGCCACUACCUGUUCAGCUGCCACAGGACAGAGGUGAAAUCAGAAACAUCUUUGCAGGAGAAAACUGUUCGUUUGCAACAUGUACAUCUAACAAGGAAGUUAAUGAGGAGUCAAACACUGCUGAUGUGAGUAAUGAAAAUCAGCACUGUCUUGAAACAAUGAUUGACAGAUGGACUUCUCAGCAUGAUUCAAAGGCAUGGAAAAAGAUAAAACAGGAAAUUCACAGCACAUUUUCCUCUGCAUCCUGUUUAAAUAAACUCUUCCUUGACCAAAGCAAAGAUAAACAUUUCCACACCUCAGCAAAGUACCCCGGCUUGAAGUUGUCAAUUGCACGACGUGCUUUCAAGAACCUGGUAAAGAGAGAUGAUGUUUGGUCAGAGGUUGAGGCAGCCGUCUUGCACCUGCUUCAUUCCCUUGAUAUGAAAUCAGUGGGAGUGGAGGGGCUAAGGGUCUAUCUGCUUCUCAAUGAGUUUCUGCAUGCGGUCCAGAAAAACAAGCGGCGACAAAACACAAAGCUUGCAGAUGCAGUCGCUGCAGCCGUGCUAAGCUUGUCUGCUGAAAGCCUGCAGGUCAUAGGGGACUGGUGGUCUUCACUGUCACCCUCUACCAUGGCUAAAUAUGUUGGGGUGUGGAAACAGGCCCUGUCAGUGAACCUGUCCUUUGAACCUGUUCCUCGCGACUCAGUCAGAAACCUGCUACUAGUCCUUCAGUAUAUGUACAAUACCAACAGCAGGAUUGCAGAACCUCACAGGAUACCAGAAAGCCAUUUUUGUUUGUUGCUUGACCAAGACUUUCUUUACGAGGAUCUGGAGCUUUGGCGCCUUCAGUCACAGCACUUGACUGUGCCCGCUCAGCCACUUAUCCUUUGUAACUUUUCAAUUGUGAUGGAUAUGCAGUCAAAGAAGAUGGUUUUUGAUAAGAAUGCUGAAUAUACCAAGUUGGAACAAAUGAAUUUCAACAUGUGGAAUUUGCUUUGGGGAAUAAUCCCGGAUCCUCAAGACUUGCUAUUCAUAUUGGACCUGAGGCGCGACUCGGUUUUGGAAGACACCUUUGACCAGCUGGCUGCUGCUCAUCACAGUGUCUACAAGAGGCAACUUAUGGUCUGUUUUGAUAAAAACCUGGAACUUGAUAAUAUCAACACAAAAGACCUUUUUCACGAAGUUUUUCACGAGAUGAUGUCCGCUGAAUCUGGGAUGUUCAUGUAUAACGACUCUGAAACGUUGGCAUGGUUCCCCUCCAAUGCAACACAGGGACACGAGAAGUACUUCCUGUUGGGCGUUCUGUGUGGAUUGGCCUUGUACAACCAGUGCAUCAUUCACUUACCCUUCCCACUGGCUCUGUUCAAGAAGCUGCUUGAUGUGAAGCCUUCACUGGAGGAUAUGAAGGAGUUCAGUCCAACAGUUGGAAAGAGUCUGCAGGAUAUCCUGGAAGAUAAAGAUGACGACGGAGAAGACCAGUACUUAUAUUUUUCAAUCAGCUGGGAUGGGACAGAUGUUGAUCUUGAUCCUGACAAUCCUGAACAAACAGUGACAAGUCAGAAUAAGAGGGAGUUUGUGAAUGCCUACGUGAAUCACGCCUUCAACACAUCAGUGGAGGGUGUGUUCCGGGAGUUCAAGCGAGGCUUCUUCCAGGUGUGUGACCGGGAGUUGGUGAAGCUGUUCCGGCCAGAGGAGCUGCAGGGAGUGCUGGUGGGCAAAGAUUUCCAUGACUGGGAAAAGCUCAAACAGAGCACAUGUUAUGAGGGGCAGUACCAUGAAAACCACCCCACCAUACGGAUGUUUUGGGAGGUGUUUGAGGAACUAACUGAGGAUCAGAAGAAAACUUUCCUUUGGUUUGUGACAGGUUUUGAAAGGGUGCCUAUUCUUGGUAUGGAGCACAUCAAGAUCAGUGUCAGGGUUAAACAUGUCCACAACCUCUCCUACGACGAGUACUACCCUGAGACGCAUACGUGUUACUCAGUCCUGGAGCUGCCAUUAUAUUCAUCCAAGGAGAUCAUGCAAACCAAGCUGAAAGAGGCCCUGAGCAACAACAGAAGAAUGUACAAGUGAUGGUGGGACUCUCCUUCG